GCGUCUGCGAAGGCGCCGUUCCGCACCUGUCCCGGUCUGCGCAGGCGCUUUUCAGCAGGGUGAGCGGUCGGUUCCACUGGGUCCUAGCGGCCGCUGAUCCAUAGCCACGUCUCCCGGAAGCCUGAGCACGGGCAGCCCUAAGUAGGCUGCGGCCUGGUCGGAGCUGCUGCAGCUGUUGAGCCUCGGUUUCCCCUCCUAUGUUGCUGCUGGGCCGUGACUGAGGGUAAGCUGAGGAAGGAUAGGGGAGGAGAACAGCAUUAAAGCGUUGAUGGUGGGCUGGCUGAGAAAGGAGAGAAGGGUGAACAUUUGAUGUUCUAAUUCCGUAUCGUUUUCGUCUUUGACUCCCACAAUGUCUUGGUUUGCUGAGCUUGCCGGAAAGGCAGAGGACCUUCUCAACAGAGUAGAUCAAGGAGCCGCCUCUGCUUUAAGCAAGAAAGACUCUGCUGAUGGGGGGUCCUAUAGCAAUAGUCACUUGGAUGCUGUCAGUGAGUACCCCAAGCGGCACCACCAUCAGCAUCAGACGCUAUCCAAAUCGAGCUUUAUCUCAUCAGCAGCUGAUAACAUUAAGCACCAGAAAGCAACCAUUCUAGCAGGGACUGCAAAUGUGAAAACGACAUCCAGGACAUCUGUGGAACCUUUGCCUCCCACUGAAACAGUUUCCACACCCAGACCAUCUUCCCAGUUUGUGAGAAGGAAAAAAUCUGAACCAAAUGACGAACUUCUCUUUGACUUUCUGAAUAGCUCUGAAAAAGAACCGAACGGAAGAAUAGACCUCAAACUGGAGAAGAGCAAAGCAGCCCCUGCUCAGAAUCAUUCACGGACUUCGAGCAUUGGCUCUGUGUCAACAAGUUCCCAGAGUGUCAGAACUGGAGAAGAUGCUUCCCUGCAGAGUCAAAAUGAUACUCCCGACAGCAUCACUUCUGGCCUCGAGAAAGACAUGGAUGUUAAAAAAGAGUUACCACUAACUUCGGAAACAAACCCAAGUCCGGCGGCUAACGACAGCACGUCACAUGAGCUUUCCAAUCUCCGACUGGAGAAUCAGCUCCUGCGGAACGAAGUGCAGUCUUUAAACCAAGAAAUGGCCACGUUAAUACAGCGAGCAACUGAAACCCAGAAAGAACUGAACAAUGCCCGAGCAAGAAUUGAAAAGUGGAACGGCGACAAUUCAAAAAACGACCGGCUUGUUCGUGAACUUCAGGCUCGGGUGGAUGAUCUGACGGAAGCCGCCUCUGCCAAGGAUUCCCAGUUAGCUGUCCUGAAAGUGAGGCUACAGGAAGCUGAUCAGCUUCUGAAUUCGCGAACUGAAGCUCUGGAAACCCUGAAAACGGAAAAAACUCGAAUAAUACAGGAUAACUGUGAAGGAAACAGCUUACACAACCAAGCUCUUCAGACUCUUCAGGAGAGGCUACACGAUGCAGAAUCCACGCUCAAUCGGGAACAAGAUGGCUACAAACAGAUGCAGCAUGAGCUUUUAUCUCGCCUCAACAAAAUGGAAGUCGAACGUCAGGGCUUGGCAGAAGCUGUGACCGCAGCCGAGAGGAAGUGCACGGAGGAGAAGCGGAGAUCUGAGGAAUUUCAGCAACAAGUCAAAAUAGCCAAAGCCAACCUGGAGACUGCUAAACAAGAACUGGUGGACUACAAGCAAAAAGCUACACGCAUUCUCCAGUCUAAAGAAAAGUUGAUCAACAGCCUGAAAGAAGGCUCCGGCAUCGAAGGCUUGGACAGCCAAACAGCCAGCAUCAUGGAGCUGGAGGAGCUGAGGCAUGAGCGAGAGACACAGAAGGAGGAGACACAGAAGCUCCGGGCACAGCUGCAGCAGCUGAGGACGGAGCUCCAGGAUUUGGAAGCGCAGCAGAUAACCGAAGCGGAGUCCACCAGAGAUCAGAUGCAGGAUUUGCAGGACCAAAUCGCCAUGCACAGAACAGCCAAGCAAGAAGUGGAGGCUGAACUAGAGAGGCAGAAACAGGAGCUCCGCUACACUGAAGAAGAACUGUACCGGACAAAGAAUACAUUGCAAAGUCGAAUAUCAGACAGAGAAGAAGAAAUUCAGAAGCUGAGGAACCAGUUAACAAACAAAUCAUUGAGCAGCAGUAGUCAAUCUGAGCUGGAAAACAGGCUACAUCAGCUGACAGAAACACUAAUCCAGAAACAGACCAUGCUGGAGAAUCUGAGCACGGAAAAGAACUCCUUGGUUUACCAGCUGGAGCGAACAGAGCAGCAGCUGAAGGCUGUUCAAGGCAAUUCAGUGAACGGUCCCUCCAUUAAUAUGGCCGGAAUUGACAGCAGUGAAGGCGCUCGCAUGCGAAAUGUUCCUGUUCUUUUUAGUGAUGUCGACAUUAAUGCGGCAGGAAUGUAUGGCAGAGUCCGCAAAGCUGCCAGCAGUAUAGACCAAUUCAGCAUCCGAUUAGGAAUCUUUCUACGGCGGUAUCCCAUUGCACGGGUGUUUGUAAUCAUUUAUAUGGUGUUGCUUCACUGUAUGUGGGUCAUGGUGGUUCUGCUUACCUAUACUCCGGAGAUGCAUCAUGACAAUCCAAGCGGCAACUAAAACACAACCCUGGAACAGCACUUACCCUGAUGAUUAAUAAAGUUUUUACUGUUCAUGCAUUUAGAGCAACUAAUUCUCUGGAAGGGGAAAGCUUCGAAGAACAGGAGAACUGCCGCGUCUGUUCCACUGCAGCUCGGGCAAACUUAAAUUAUUUGGUAGACAUUCUGAUUUCCUCUCACUUCCACAAAGUAAAAGCAGUUUCCUUGAUAAAAAGGCUGCUUGAAUGAACUGUGUCCUCUGUUGCAUUUUUCAUUAUUCUCCCAUGGGUAUACACACAUCACAACAUGUACACCUGCAGAGUGUAGGUGUGCACACUGUAUUCUUGAUCCUAUAGGAAACUGGCUGUAAUCAGGGAAACUAAUUAUGCUUCGAAGCCGAAACAAAUCCUUAUUUUUUUUCCUGUAUUACAACUAUUUCUACACCUUUUAACCCUGUACAUAUAUAAAUCCAGUUUUUCUUUACCACAUACAUUUCUGGCAGAUCUGACGGCUGCUUGGUGGCAUUUAUCUUUUAUGUAAAUAGCUUUAAAAAGAGAAAUAAAAAAAAUAUAUUGCUUCA